AUGGCAACUUUUAAAACUCUUAUGAAAAUGCCUUAAGCUAAGUUAGCUUCGAAAUGUAUUGCAUUAGAAGAGUUAUUAUAACGUUAUUAUUAAUUUGAAGAGGUUCAUUAUGAUUUACUUAAUAAAUAUUAAUUACUUUAAACUAAAUAUGAGAGAUUGAAUCAAUAAAACAUAUAAUUAAUGCAAAAUUUACAUAUUGAAAGAGAUAACUUUUCAUAAGCUAGUGCUACAAAAAUGAAUUCUUCAAAAAAUUGUGUAUCAAGAAUACUCAAAGAUCCAUUAGAAGAAAUGGAGAAUUUACUAUUAUUGGAAGAAUUAAAAAAUGAAAAUUAAAAAAUAAAGGAAGAACUAUAAAUAAAUAAGGAAGAAUUAAAAAGAUUAUAAUCAAAGUAUAUAAAUAUCUAUCAAGGUUUGAAUAAACAUAAACAGAACUCCUUAGAUCUGCAUCUAUAAAGACAGCCUCUGAUUCUAAAUUGAAUUCAAUUGAUGAGAGAAAUUAUGAUUCAAUUCAAUCAUAUAAAAACGAAAUAAUCAGAUUAAAUAAAAUAGUAAAUAUUUAAUUUUUAUCUAGGUAUCUUCCUUAAGAAUUGAAAUAUCUCAUUACAAAACAAGAGAAUUUGAUGAAGAUUGGUUGAAGAUUUAAUUAAUUAAAUAUUAAAAACAAUCCCAAAUGUCAAAUAACCAUAAUUUCUUAGAUUUUAUUGAAAACUGA